UCAUGAAAUCACUGCAUGUCCUUCUGAGGACACGAAAAAAAUUCAAUACACAGCGUAUUUAACUGUAAAACUUUGUCAUGUUUAUCUCUUGACAUUGCUAGUGUGCCAAAGUAUCGGGGGAGUGGAUUUGUUAUCAGCAGGUUUACAUGAUCUGGUCAAAGUGCGUCCUGCAUGUCGAGGUUGCCUGAACUGGUGAAUCUGCAUCCAUUCAAAAUUACUUUGGAAUAAACUCUAAUAAGGUUGCAGGAAUGACUAAAGAAAAAACUCAGUGGAAGGAGUUUUUAGAGGCAAUAAGUGUCCUGCAAUGGGUCCUGACGUUUCUCUUCUUAGGACUGAGCUGCUAUAUCUUGAUCGGGUAUCUAAUGUUUACCUCGUUGUGGCCGCUCUCCACCCUGUACUUCAUAUGGCUGGUGAUAGACUGGCAAACGCCUGAAAGAGGGGGCAGGAGAACAUUAUUUGUGAGGAAGUGGAGGGUAUGGGAGCACUUCAGAGACUUUUUUCCCAUCAACCUGGUGAAGACAGCAGAGUUGAAUCCAAACAAAAACUACAUCUUAGGCUGUCAUCCACAUGGUAUCAUGAGUGCUGGAGCCUUUGCCUGUUUCAGCACAGAGAGCUGUGGCUUCGCUGAGACAUUUCCUGGGGUGCGAGCCUCCCUGGCAAUACUGGCCGGACUCUUCAGGAUACCACUUUUUAGGGAGUACAUAAUGAGUGCAGGCCUUUCUCCAGUCAGCAAACCAAGCCUUGCACACCUCCUUUCUAAGAGUGGCAAGGGAAAUGCAGUGGUGAUUGUGAUAGGGGGUGCUGCUGAGUCUUUGGCAUCCUCUCCUGGAGUUAACACAGUGGUUGUGAAGCAGAGAAAGGGAUUUGUCAGGGUGGCCCUUGAAUAUGGGGCUGAUCUGGUGCCUGUGUACUCAUUCGGGGAGAAUGAGCUCUUCAAGCAGGUGAUUUUCUCAGAGGGAAGUCUAAGUCGCAGGUUACAGGACCUGUUUAAAAGAAUCAUGGGUUUUGCCCCGUGUCUAUUCAUUGGUGAGCACUUUGCAGUCCUGCCCUACAGGACUCCAGUUACGACUGUUGUGGGAAGCCCCAUUUCAGUCCCAAAGCGUGUCACACCUACGGACGAGGAGGUUGACCACUAUCAUAGACUUUAUAUGGAGGCCCUGUCCAAGUUAUUCCAUGAGCACAAGGUCAGCUGUGGACUUUCUGAACGUCACAAGCUUCGAAUCAUUUAGACAUUUCACUGCCACAUGAACUGUGUCGCUGGGUUAUUGUUUGCUGCUUUUCAUGGGGCUUUGCCAACAUGGGACUUAUGGAUCUGAUGGGACAAACUUGAUCUGCAUCUAAAGAUUGAUUUGAAAAUAUUUGCCUUGCCUGAUAUGUGCCUUAAAUAAUUAUUGAGAUGUAAUGCCCGUUAAGCAGGAACACUGUGUUCACAAAGCAGUGAAAACACUGACAAUGUGUUGUUAUGCUAUAUAUCAUGUGAUACUUGUGAUGAGAGGCCACAUCCUUCUCAUAAUAAAUUAUUGCUCAUGUCGAAA